AUGACGGCCCAGAACGACCGCGGAGACGUCGAGGCCGUCCUCCGGCAGGCCGGUGCCGAGGUCGAGGCCAUCCUCCCGCGGCGCGGUGCCCGCACGAACAGGUCCACCCGCCCGAACUUGAGCCCCGCGGCCUUUCCGAGUAACGGCAGCCAGCGCUCCGGGGCCAGCUCGGCAGCCAGCCGGUUGCUGGACAGCUCGGUGGGCAGCGCGUCGUUGGCUUCGCGCUCUUUGGAGAGUCUGAGCGUUGACGACGCCCAGGUGGAUCUCCACUCGGGGAUGCGGCUGUGCUGCGCCGCUGCUUCGGGGAGCAGAGAGCUUGUGCAGCAACUGCUCGCCAAUGGCGUCAGCGUCAAUGCGGAGGAUUAUUGCGGCCGCGUCGCCCUGCACAUCGUUGCCGCGUAUGGGCACGAGGCUGUUGCACAAGACCUACUGUCGUCCCAGGCUGACGUCGAUCGCAAAGACCAUUUUGGAAAUAGCCCGCUGUCUGACGCCGUCAGACACAAUCAGGAGCAUGUUGCUGCUCUGUUGCUUCGGGCGCGGCAUGUGGGGUCUUUACGUGGUGGGAGUCGCGGGAAAGGUACUCCUCAAGUAGAACCUAAGGGCUCGGAGGUCGGUGGCAGCGAGAUGGGCUGGAUGGUAUCACCUGAUGAGGUCCGCUUUGGAUCGAUAUUGCAUACGACAUUAAAGAGCGUAGUCUACGAUGCAGAGUGGAGGGGAGUCAAAGUGGUGGCCAAGAAGGUGAUACGACAUAGUCAGUGUGAGAGUGACGAGCCUGUCGCGAAGGAGACGCUCCGCGAGAUCUGCCUCCUCUCGUCAUUUCGGCAUCCGGAUCUGGUGAUGUUCCUCGGGGCUUGCCUAUUCACUCCGCAGCCAUUUUUCAUCAUGGAGUUCAUGGAUGGUGGAGAUCUUGAUUUUCACUUUGCACAGAAGGCCAGCAGCAGACACAACCGACCGUACCGUGUGGGCAUGGAUGUGCUACUUAAGUGGUCAAGUGCAGUGGCUCGGGCAUUGAAUUAUCGGAGACCGGCAGUCCGAAAGUCGUCCACAGGGACCUAA